GCCGGCUCGCCCAGGAUGGCCACUCUGGUCCAAGACAUCCUCGAAAUGUUCUCGCGCCAGAAGCUGGACCACGUGUGGACUGACACGCACUACGUGGGGCUUCAGUUCCCAGACCCGGCUCACCCUAACACCCUGCACUGGGUGGAUGCAGCCGGGAGCGCCCAGGAGCAGCUACCGCUGGAGGAUCCGGAAGUCUACUGUCCCUACAGCGCCACCGGCAACGCCACGGGCAAGCUGGUGUACGCCCACUACGGGCGGCAGGAGGAUCUGCAGGACCUGAGAGCCCAGGGCGUGCAGCUGGCCCGCAGCCUCCUGCUAGUGCGCGUUGGGAUUACCAGCUUCGCCCAGAAGGUAGCCAUUGCCCAGGAGUUUGGGGCCCAAGGAGUUCUGGUAUACCCUGACCCAGCAGACUUCUCCCAGGACCCUCACAAGCCAGGCCUGUCCAGACACCAGGCUGUGUAUGGACAUGUGCACCUGGGAACUGGAGACCCUUACACGCCUGGCUUCCCUUCCUUCAAUCAAACCCAGUUCCCUCCGGUAGAAUCAUCAGGCCUUCCCAGCAUCCCCGCACAGCCCAUCAGUGCAGACACUGCUGACCGCUUGCUCAGGAAACUCAAAGGCCCUGUGGCCCCCCAGGAAUGGAAAGGAAACCUCUCAGGCUCUCCUUAUCGCUUGGGACCUGGGCCAGACCUGCGCCUUGUAGUCAACAAUCACAGAGCUUCUACUCCUAUUAGUAACAUCUUUGCUUGCAUCGAGGGCUUUGCAGAGCCAGAUCACUAUGUUGUUAUCGGGGCCCAGAGGGAUGCAUGGGGCCCAGGAGCGGCCAAGUCUGCAGUGGGGACUGCCAUCCUGCUGGAGCUGGUGCGGACCUUUUCCUCCAUGGUCAGCAAUGGUUUCAGACCUCGGAGAAGUCUCUUGUUCAUCAGCUGGGACGGAGGUGACUUUGGUAGCGUGGGAUCCAUGGAGUGGUUGGAGGGCUACCUCAGUGUGCUACACCUCAAAGCCGUAGUGUACGUGAGCCUGGACAACUCAGUGUUGGGAGAUGGUAAAUUUCACGCCAAGACCAGCCCCAUCCUGAUCAGCCUCAUUGAGAAUAUCCUGAAGCAGGUGGAUUCCCCUAACCACAGUGGACAGACACUCUAUGAACAAGUGGUGUCCACCAAUCCCAACUGGGACGCGGAAGUGAUUCGGCCCCUGCCCAUGGACAGCAGUGCAUAUUCCUUCACGGCUUUUGCGGGGGUCCCAGCUGUGGAGUUCUCCUUCACGGAGGAAGACCGGGUGUAUCCAUUCCUGCACACGAAGGAGGACACCUAUGAGAAUCUACACAAGACGCUGCGAGGUCGCCUGCCCGCCGUGGCCCAGGCAGUGGCUCAGCUUACGGGCCAGCUCCUCAUCCGACUGAGCCGCGAUCACCUGCUGCCUCUCGACUUCGGCCGCUACGGGGACGUGGUCCUCAGGCACAUCGGCAAUUUCAAUGAGUUCUCCGGGGACCUCAAGGCCCGCGGACUGACCCUGCAGUGGGUGUACUCAGCCAGGGGGGACUACAUCCGGGCGGCGGAGAAGUUGCGGAAGGAGAUUUACAGCUCCGAGCAGAGCGAUGAGCGUCUGAUGCGCAUGUACAACGUGCGCAUCAUGAGGGUGGAGUUCUACUUCCUGUCCCAGUAUGUGUCGCCGGCCGACUCCCCAUUCCGCCACAUCUUCCUGGGCCAAGGUGACCACACUUUGGGUGCCCUGCUGGAUCAUCUUCGGAUGCUGCGCUCCGAUGGCUCCAAGGCUAACUCCUCUGGGUUGGGCUUCCAGGAGAGCCGCUUCCGGCGCCAGUUGGCACUGCUCACGUGGACACUGCAGGGGGCCGCCAAUGCGCUGAGUGGCGACGUCUGGAACAUUGACAAUAACUUUUGAGGCUCCAAGCCCCACCUGAGCCCCACGCGAUUCUGUCUCCCUUUUUGAGUGGUGCAGGUGAAAGGAGGUGCCCCAGGCACCUUUCAUUGCUACCUACUCUUAUUAACACCCUUGGUCCUGCCGGGCAUUGGUGGCGCACCCCUUUAAUCCCAGCACUCAGGAGGCAGAGGCAAGAGGAUCUCUGUGAGUCCGAGACCAGCCUGGUCUCCAGAGUGAGUUCCAGGGCAGCCUCCAAAGCCACAGAGAAACCUGUCUCGAAAAACCAAAAAAAUAAAACAAAAAACCCCAAACACCCUUGGUCCUGCAAUGUAGGUGAUCCUUACUUUCUCAGUGUCAUAUUGUCAAUUACCCAGAAAGCGGCUUUCUUACCAUUACUGGGCCUUCUGCCUUCAGGAGCAAAGUCCUCCAUAUCUAGAGACUAAGCCCUCUUAGUGGGUGGUCUGUGGUGGGAGGCCCAAGGGGAUUAGAUGUCAAUAAACCAAUCUGUUUUCAAUAAACAUCUGUUGUCUAUUAACA